AUGGGCAAAGUCCCUAUGGAGCCUGGUGAAGAAAAUGUAUCCCACAACGUUUUAAGUUGUUUUGUGAUGGAUUCCAACAUAAGUAAUCUAUGGGAAUUGGAUGUACUAGGCAUCACAGACCCUGUGGCCAAUAAAAGUAAGCUUGAUUUGGAAAAUGCAGCUUUAGAAUUUUUUAAAGAGACUGUUCAAGUAAAUGAAGAGGAGAGGUAUGAAGAAUGGCUUCAAGAAGGUGUUAUCGAACUCGUACCAGACAGCGAUAAUAACAUGGGUCAUUAUCUACCACACAGGCCUGUAAUAAAAACAGCUUCCAGCUGCACAACUAAAAUCAGACCCGUUUUUGACGCUAGUGCCAAAAUGAAAGGGAAAAUUUCAUUGAACCAGUGCUUGGAGAAAGGUCCUAACCUCAUCGAGCAGAUACCGGAGAUUUUAAUAAGAUUCAGGAAAAAUAAGAUUGGAGUGACCUCAGACAUCAGAAAGGCCUUCCUGCAGAUAAGUGUACAUCCCACAGAUCGAGAUUUUUUAAAAUUUAUUUGGGUCGAUUUUCAAGGAAAUGAAAAGGUGUACCGGCACAGGCGUGUUGUUUUUGGUGUGACAAGCAGCCCCUUUUUACUCGCAGCCACUAUCAACCAUCACCUUCUUUUGGAAAUAAAAAAGUAUAAUGAAGGUACUUCUGUUUUUGACUAUUCCAUACUUACGACUUUAGCUAAAUGUUUCUAUGUGGACAACUGUGUAACCAGCGUACCGGAUCUUGAAACUUUACAGAAUUUUAUACGUCAGUCCAGCAUGGUUUUGGCACAGGCAAAAUUCGAAUUAAGAGGGUGGGAGUUUUCUAAUCCUACACAAGUUAUUUCUGGUGGAUCCAAUGAACCCACGCCUCUCCUAGGGCUUAUCUGGAAUACCCGGACUGACACUUUAGGUAUCAACAAGGAAUGUAUUAGAGAUUUGGAAUCUCUUGUGGAUAAACCAUUUACAAAGAGGAUCAUGCUGUCACUAGCUCAGAAGUGUUCGAUCCUGUGGGAUUUACGUCUCCAACUACCUUGA